AUGCUUGGGAGAAUUAUUCAUUGGAACGAGAUGUACUUGAAGCCCUUAAAGUCGACGGAUAGCUGUGAUGAGACCUUCUCCAGACUAAUCCUGUCUUCAAACGUUAAUAUGGGAGUCAUAUUGAGCAAGAUCCAUGAUCCAGAGUUUAAAGCAGAAAGAUUCUUUGUUGCUGCCACAGAAUUAGCGCAGAAACUUAAUGACCCUGAGGCAGAAAGAGAAUGCUGGCAUGAGUUUGGUAAAUUCUUUCAACGUAAUGGACGCUGGGAUAGCGCUAUGAUGUGCCAAAAGAAGGAAAUCAAGAUCACAAAGAUGCUUAAUUUAAAAGAAGAAGAAGUGGCCUGUCGAAUUGACAACAUCAAACUUUAUCUGGAGAUUGAAAAAUUCGAUGAAUGCAAAAAGCACUUUAAAAGAAUCAAAGACUUAACUACUGAGCUAGAAGACGAAAGCUUGCACUCAGAAAUUACCAGUCUGGUGUGGGACAUUGAAUCUAUUCACAAAGAGAUAAAAGAAGUACCACUUGAAGAACCUCUGGGUCGAGCUAAAUUGUAUCUUGAACUAGGAAAUAAUAAUAUUUUGCAUCAAUUAGGCGAAAUCUUCCUUGAGGUUGGAAUGAAACGAGCUGCUGCCAAGUCAGCAGCAGAAGGCCUAUUAAAUAUUAUCCCUGGCUUUAAACAUACAGAUGAGAUGUCUUCUAUGGUCCAAAUUGGACUUAUGCAUAUUGAAGCAGAGUCUAGCGAAAACACUACUCUAAAGCCGUAUGAUGUACAAUUAGCUUUCAACCAGACCAUAUUGUUCAUUAUCCACCGCGAAAUUAAGACCAGAAAACUUUAUCUUGAAAAUUGUAUCAAGGUUUAUAAACGAAUGAUAAGACUGUGUCGCUAUUAUGACAAGGAAGCCACCUCUGAAAAGUGGGCCGUGAUAGCAAAAGCAGCCAAAGAACAGUAUCAUGAUCUGGAGGAAAGCUUAGCAGAGGAUAUUGAAAAGACAGGCAUAGUAAAUACAAGUGGACCUCAAACAGAUGACAUCGAUCCUUUGCAAAAGAAUCUUAGAGUGCGUAUUAAUAUCAAAGGCACUCAAGUUGUCAUCGGGUUGAGUUGUUUAAAAGAGUACACUACUGUAAAGUGGAUAUCGAGACAACUCAUUAAUAAGACUUGGAGAAUAUACGGUGAAAGAAUUUCUAUUGAUUACUUGAUCAUAAAUGGUUCAAAAGUACAGUCUCCAGAAGCUAAAAUACAAAUCUCUAAAGGACACAAACAAGAAAUCCGAGUCCAUGUGAAAGCCCAUCAAAAGGGACUAGAUGAGUAUUAUGAAAAUGUCUGCUCCCGCCUCAAGAUUCCUAUAGUCCCACGUCUCAAGGACGCACUCAAAGACCAUACUGAUAAUGAAUUGAAUUUGAGUGGGUUAGCUCUAUCAUCAGAAGACGUCCCUGUUCUGAGAUUUUUAUUAGCACGAAAGGGACCUUUAGAUAAUUUAGAUUUAUCAGCUAAUCUGUUGGAUGACGAUGCUAUUAUCAAGCUGCUUACUGACAUGAGGUGUCCCCGUCAUGUUGACUUGAGGAGUAACCUGCUCACAGGCAAGUGUCUAAAACACAUUUUUAAAAUCGGUCAAGGAAGGCUCUCUUCAUUGCGUGUUAGUUACAACAAAAUUGAAUCUACCUCAAAACAUGUCAUCUCAGAUCUAUCAGCCCUAUGUACAAGCCUUGAGGUGUUGGAUUUAGAAGAACAUUAG